AUGGCCGCCAGGAUCACCCGCGACGGCCUCUACCGCAUCACCUACGGCGAGACCCCCGGGCUCACUCACGAAGAAUACCUAGCCCGCCAGCCCUGGAAAUUCGAGACCAUCCUCCCCGGCCACCCCAAGCGCGACGAGUACAAGGUGAUCAGCACCUCCCCCUACCGCAUGCACCAACGCUGCGCCCCCAAGUUCCGCGUCGGCCGGGUGCUGCUGGUCGCCGACGCAGCCCACCUCUGCAACCCCUGGGGCGGGCUCGGCAUCACGGGCGGGUUUGUCGACGUGGGGGGGCUGUACGACUGCCUCGCGGGGAUAUGGGACGGGAAAGCGGACGACUCGAUCUUGGACCUGUACUCGGAGAAGCGGAUCGAGAAGUGGCGGACCAUCAUCGACCCGAUCUCGCAGGAGAACUUUAGGCGGGUGUCGGACAAGGAUCCGGCGACCAGGUUCCAGAGGGAUGAGUUUAUGCAGAUGUUGAAGAAGGGCGAGAGUGACGAGGCGUUUUUGAAGGAAUUGUUGUUGGCGCCGAUGGAUGUGCGGUACGAAUUUACGCAGCAUUAUAAUGAUGCGGCGAAGAAGGAAUAA